ACGAGUUGGCCGAGCGCUCGUAGCCCGGGGAGUCCCCGCGGUAAACAAAUUAACGGCGCGGCCAUAGCGACCAUUCCCAUCGCUGGCUCGGACCGAGGGAGGGGCGUCGUGUGACCUCUGCACUCUCAUCUCUGCGGGUCGCAGCUGAGGGGGGUCCGGGUUUGGCGGCCCCCUUCGGGUCGCCACGGACGCCAUGACCUCGCCCGGCCAACCAGACAGCUUGCCUGGACGCGAGCAAGUCGGGGAGCUGACGUCUCACCGCCAGCCCACCGCCGCCGCUGCCGCCGCGUGCUCCGGCCCGGCGGAGGCACGUGCUGGCGCCGAGAUGGCGGCACGCGAGGCUGGCGGCGGCGGCGACCAGCAGAUGCAGGCCGAGCUGCUGGUGCUGAAGCAGCGGCAGCAGCUGCAGCAGCAGCUGCUCCUGGCCGAGUUCCACAAGCAGCAGGAGGAGCUGGCGCGGCAGCACCAGGCGCAGAUUCAGCAGCACCUGCAGCAGCGGCAGGAGCUGCUGGAGCAGCAGCAGCGGCUGGAGCAGCAGCAGCGCGAGCAGGAGCUGGAGCGCCGUCGCUUGGAGCAGAAGCUCACGCAGAUCAAGAACAAGCAGAAGGGUCAGGAGAGUGCCAUGGCGAGUGUGGAGGUGAAGCAGAAGCUGCAGGAGUUUGUUCUCAACAAGAAGAAGCGGGAGGCUGGCAACCUGAACCACUCCGUCCCGCACCACCCGCGCCUCUGGCACAUGACGGGCCAUCACGGCUCACUGGACCAGAGUCUCCCUCCGCGCACUAGCCCGUCGGCACCGUACCAGCACCCCGGCCUCGGCACGUACGAGUCUCAGAGCGACUUCCCGCUGCGUAAGACCGCAUCGGAGCCCAACCUGAAGCUGCGGCACCGUCUGAGCAAGAAGGGGGCCGACCGCUUGCGGGGGAGUCCCCUACUCCGCCGGAAAGACGGGGGGCUCCCCGCCGGGAAGAAGCGACCGCACGAGGCCACCGAGGCCUCCAUGAAGGACGCGGCGGUCAGCUCGGGACCGGACUCACCGAGCAACGGUGUGGAGAACGGCCUAGGCCCCCACGCGCCCUCCGAGGCGGUUGCUCCUGGUCACCGCCCUCUGAGCCGCGAGGGCUCGGGCCCUGCUCAGGAGAGUCUCUACAUGUCUCCGUCUCUGCCCAACAUCUCCCUGGGCCUCCCCGCCAACGGCUCCGGCACUCAGGGAGACCCCGAGGGCCAGCAGCAUCUGCCCCACCACCCCUCCCAGAGCCACCACGGCCGCGUGCAGCAGCCGCUGGGCCACAGCCUCUCGCUGCCACUGCCCUACACGGCGUCGGCCAGCGGCGACGCGGACAGGGGCGGCGCGGGGCGGCCCUCCCUGCUGCAGCAGCACCUGCUCGUGCUGGACCAGCACCGCAUGCUCAACGCAGGUGUGGGGGGUUUGCCGCUGCCCCCCCGGGGCCCGCUGCUGGGGCCCGAGAGGAACCCCUCACGGCACCGGCCUCUGAGCCGCACGCAGUCGGCGCCGCUGCCCAUGCAGCCGCGCUCGCACGCCCACUUCCUGGACCGGGGCAAGCCGCUGGGCACGAUGACGGAGGAGGAGCUGGCGUGUGCGGGCGGUGGCGGCGACUCCGAGAGGGGCGUGCGGAUCAAGCAGGAGCUGCCCGACGGAGACGGGGAUGCAGAGGGGGGGGCGGAGGGCGGCGGCGACCCAGCAGUCAGGCACAGCCAGGGUCACCUGCUGGAGCAGCAGAGAAUUCAGCAGCUGCACCUGUACCAGGCGCAGCUGGCGGCAUCGGGGGUAGCGGCAGGGCUGACGGCGCACCGCCCGCUCAUCCGCACGCGCUCCUCGCCCGCGUACACCAGUCUAGCGCCGGCGCCCGAGCCCCCGCGCCCGCUCCGCUUCACCACAGGCCUGGCGUAUGACACGCAGAUGCAGAAGCACCAGUGCAGCUGCGGAGAUAACACGUUCCACCCGGAGCACGCCGGGCGCAUCCAGAGCAUCUGGUCGCGCCUGCAGGAGACGGGGCUCGCCACACAGUGCGAGCGCGUACGGCCACGGAAAGCCACGCUGGAGGAGAUCCAGUCGGUGCACUCCGAGCGCUACACUCUGCUCUACGGCGCCAGCUCGCUCAGCCAGCACCGUCUCGACAAGAAGCUGCUCGGGCCGUCGUCUCAGAAGACCUUGGUGAUGCUGCCGUGCGGAGGCCUCGGGGUGGACAGCGACACGAUCUGGAACGAGGCCCACUCGGCCAUGGCGGCGCGGCUCGCCGUGGGCUCUGUCCUCGAGGUUGCCUUCAAGGUGGCCACCGGGGAGCUCAAGAACGGCUUUGCUGUGGUGCGGCCUCCAGGACACCACGCGGAGGAGUCUCUCGCCAUGGGCUUCUGCAUCUUCAACUCCGUGGCGGUCACUGCACGGAUGCUUCAGCAGCGCCUGCACCUGAGCCGCAUCCUCAUCGUGGACUGGGACGUGCACCACGGCAACGGCACCCAGCAGGCGUUCUACAGCGACCCCGGCGUCCUCUACGUCUCGCUGCACCGCUACGACAACGGGAACUUCUUCCCAGGCAGCGGGGCUCCCGAGGAGGUGGGCACAGGGCCUGGCGUGGGCUUCACGGUGAACGUGGCGUGGACGGGAGGGGUGGACCCACCCAUGGGCGACGCCGAGUACCUCGCCGCGUUCAGGACGGUGGUGAUGCCGAUCGCGGGGGAGUUUGCGCCGGAGCUGGUGCUCGUGUCGGCCGGGUUCGAUGCCGUCGAGGGUCACCCGCCGCAGCUCGGCGGCUACAGCGUCUCCGCUAAGUGCUUCGGGUACCUGACGCGGCAGCUCAUGAGCCUGGCGGGCGGACGCGUUGUGCUCGCGCUCGAGGGUGGACACGACCUCACUGCCAUCUGCGACGCCUCCGAGGCGUGCGUCACCGUGCUGCUGGGCAACCAGCUCGAGCCGCUGCCUGCCGAUGUCCUUCAGUGCCGGCCAAACCAAAACGCGGUGGCGUCGCUCGAGAAGGUCAUCCAGAUCCAGGGGAAGCUGUGGCCGUGUGUGUGCCGCUACGCACGCUCGAUGGCGCUGUCGCUCGUGGAGCUGCAGGGCCACGAGCGCGAGGAGGCCGACACCGUCACGGCGCUCGCCUCGCUCACCGUGGCCGGCCGGCAGCACAGCGCCGACGAGGAGGGCAGGUGCGGGCAGCGCCGUCACGCCAACAUCGCCGAGGUGGCGCGGGGGUCAGAGCGCCAAGAUGGCCACCGCGGAGACGCUGGGCCGCCCGAGGAGCCGAUGGAAGAGGACUCCGGGGCGUAGGAGCGCGGGGGCGCCGGCAGGGUCUGUUCCCCGUCUGGCGACCACCUUUCCUUCGACGGCGGCGGCCGGCCACACUGGCCGUGGAAUUUGUUUAGUUUUUCGGAAGAAUCGGCUGUGGCCCCCACCCCCCACCUUCCUACCCCCCGGACCCCACCUGCAUUGGCCACGUCCGCCUCCACAGCAGCUCGGAGCCGCGGGAGAAGGGAGGUGGUGGUGGCGCCCCGCGGUGACGGUGACGCUGCGGUUACCGGCGCGGCGAGCCGCCCGCGGUGCCGCGCCCGCGGUGUUGCGCCCGCCACCGCUGCCCCGACGCCCUCCGCGCUGGCAAGGCCGAGCGUCGUUGCGGUCUGCGCAUAGUAGGGGGGGAGGGGGCUGGGGGUGAGAUACGCUGACGUGCGAGUGCUUGGCCGCAGCGGGGAGCAGGGAGAGCGUGCCCACCGUGGGGUACCGUAGGUCCUUGAAGUUGAUAAGCCAUGGCGGUGUCACGGCGACACCCAGAGUUCAUAGCUUUAGGCGUCGAAGCGGCAAACCGUUUACAAGGAAGGCUUCCGGCUGCUGGCGUUCGGGGCUGGUGACGCCACUCGGCUGCAAGGGGCCACCAACAACAACAACAACAUCAACAACAAGGUUUUUCACAAAUAAUCACAGCAGUAAUAAUCGUAAUGAUGACGGCGAUGAGAUAGUGGUGUGAGGCCGUCACCGACCUUCAUUGGUUAUGGAUCGCUCGCAACAACAAAAACCGCCGCAGCGACGACAAUGGCUAAGGCUGCGCUGUUAGUCCAGAAGACAACGGGUGGCGUUACCUCGACAGUAACAACACUCCGGAAAGGCCGCGUGGAUGUCGACGCUCGUCAGGGGGCUGUAACGCAACCGAGCUGUCCAAAUCCCCGACACAUUUCUUAAAAGGUAUUUGAAGUUCGGCCGUGUCGGGCCGCGCGUGUACAGGUGGGGGGUGGCGGGGGGGGGCAAGCGCUGGAGCCAGCGACACCGGCAGGUAUUGGAGGUUGCUUUUUUCCGGCAAGGCCGUCGUUGACUUGGGGCGCUGGGACAAUUGUGCCUUCGUGACCGCUUUCUCGGUUGAGUUGGGGGGGGUGGGUGUGGUAGUGGGGCGACGGCUUCUGCGGAAACAGCCUUAAAUUCUCACGGACGCUCGGCUCGUCCUGUUCCUCAACGUCUUUUUGUUGAAUGUAAAAAAACAAACACUGAAUUCACGUCUUCUUCACCGCCCCCCCCCCCCCCCCGACGUAAGAAGAAAAGAUGAAAGGAGGAAUCACACACGAAAAGCACUUAUUGUAAUAAAAUCGGGACGCCUGGCGGCUCCUCCAGCUUUUCUACGCAUGUUUGUAUUUAUGAAUGCCGAGCUAUAGGAGAUAUUUAUUUGGGUGGCAGGCAGUUCGCUCGUGACCACUUCGGCUUUUGAAACUACUCGCCCUUGCCGCGCAUCUCAAAAGAAUGUUUCAAAUGACCAAGCAGUGUUAUUUUGUACGGAACGUUUUCGUUUUCGCCUUGUCGAGUUUUUAUUUUUUACAAUGAUGAAUAUUAUAAUUAUUUCUUUUGUACUUUCAUACUAAACGACCAUCCGAACCCUGCCAGCUUCUUUUAACCCGUGCUGGGGGGGGGGGGUUAAAGGUCGCGUCGUUUGUCACUUAAACGGGCGAGCCUCGGGUCUCGCGGCUGCGCGAUAUUUUUUCUACCACGGGGAAGGUGGGGGGGGGCAAAGAGCGCUCCUGGGUUUGUGGAUUGUUCAUAACCUCCCCGCCCACCCCCGCCCAGCACGGAGCGGACUGCAUGAUGCGCGCGCGCGUGCGUAGUUAUUUCGGUGACCUUCCAACAGUUAACAUCUACUUUCUGUAUAGUGAUCGUCACGUAUUUACUGACCAGCUGGAGUACUCUCGCAGUUGCGAAUGACCUGAGGUAUAACGACAUACAGAAAUGGACAAGUACUCCUGUUGUUGUUGUUUUUAUAUUCUACUUGUUUUCAAUGACAGUUACCCACGUCACUCACGACACACACACACCAUAGAGGUGUUCUGAAAGGAGGCUCCGCCAUGUUUGUAGGCCUGAUUGAGGUUACCGGCCGGUACCUGAUCCAGCAUUGUUCUGCUCUGACUGCAGUCGGCGUGUCCUCUCGUGGUAGCUCCCGAGCUGUUCUGAGGGUGCCCCAGUUAAACGGUUUCCCCGCAAGCCUGGCCACCAUAUCGUAGAUCGUACAGCGGCCCGAGAACCAUGGUGCAAUGCAGGGGUGUCAUCUGGGAUAAUUUGUUAUUGCCGGUUCGUGAUGGGGAUACCUGUCAGCGCUGGUGAGGCCACGCUUGACAAUAACACGGAGGCUUUUGCCUGCAGGGUGCGCCGACUGUACUGGAGCAGUUAACUCUGGUGACGAGUACUUUUCUCGCGUCUCAUGCUGUGUCGAGACAAACCCUUCGUUGUCCUUCGUGGCGGAUAACAGGCAGGCACUGAAAAACGUAUUUUACACCGAUCGGGGACCGAUCUCUCUCUGGCCCAUUUUCAGCAAAUACCACUCUUGAAUGCCACCUCCACUAAUGCCAUCCAAUGGAUGAAAACGCUUAAGAUUUGCAGUGCAUGAUAGACGUUGUUCUCUCGCCAAACGUAUUAGCUCCAAGGCUUGUGGUCGCCAUGGCAUGACAGGCAUUGUGCCGUUACUAUGCAGAGUGACGGAAUCUCCCGGCAGCAAUCGGCUGCUCCAUCGCUACCGUGUCUUGGUGAUCGUCAACGUGGGUUCCGUCCGGCACAAUCUGCAGGUGGCCUCUGUCGGCUUGCGUGACUCGUGAUUGGAACUCAAGCCUUGACCAUUUUGGAGAGUCUACGAUCAUGACACUUUGACAUCGCUCGAGCGUUGGAUUGUGUCUGGCACCGCACGCAACUUGCCAAGCUCCACCCGUCAUCUGGCUUCCACCCAAAUCUGUACCCUGAUAUUUUCAUCUCUCUUUUGUCAAAUCUGCAGUAGUGGGGGGUGGCCAAUCGGACGCCUUCGCGAUUAACUCUGGUGUUCCGCAAGGCAACGUUAUUUCUUCUCUUCAGUUCAGACUGACUCAUCCAAUCCGUUCGACCACCACACUAUAGGUCACGACACCUCCCUUGCUACGUUCUGAAUUCAUACCUGUCAACCCCUUAUCAGCACCUACCUUAUUACAGACCAAUUCAGGCUUUAUUGAUCACCCCGUGCCCCUUAUAAAUCUUAACGUUCAUCCUACAACGUCCCAUCACGAGGGAGAAACACAAAUAAAUAGACAAAAAUUAUGUUCCGAAACAAAAGCUGUUUUAUGUAUAAAUGUUUUUAAUUGGUGUCAGUGAUGCUACUUAUCAUGCUACAGUCUACGGGGAUCGCUACUCUCCAGAGUAAAACAAAAAUAUUGUCCCACGACUUUUUUAUUUGGCCGUAUGAUUUUAUUGCUGCCCGUAUUGAAACGGCUGUACGUCGUAUGGACCUGAAAUCUAAAUUUCCUUGUACAAGAAGACGGGUAAACCAUAUGGGUUGACAGCUAUGUGAAAUCCCUCCCAUCGCCUCUUUUCCCCAAGCUCCUAUAACAUUGCUCUUUUCAAGAAGCCUGUUUCACUCUUCUAUUAUCUAUUACUACUCCGAUCGCGCUGUGCUGUUGGUUUGAUGGACGCUUGACGUGCUGGGCCUGUGACCCUCUGCCGAGAAAUUGUGUAAAAGAAAAUGCCAUUAUUUUUCCACAUACGCACAAACAAACACAGACAAAGAUCCCCUGUAUAGCCUGAACAGACUGUUGGGGUAAGCGCUGUUAGCGAGGACCUAUGAAGGCCAAAACUGCACACGAGAAGGGGUGGGUGGGCAGCAUCACAUCCGGCCGUGAUCUUCACAUCUUCUGGGAUCUCUCGUAGUCGAGUAAGAUUUCCCUUCAGGUGUCACUUGUCCGUGCUGUGAGAUGGAGCUGGACUGGCCAUGCGUCCGGAGAUGACUGAAUCGGCCAAUCCGUGACCUGCAGAUCUUGGCACAGUGAGGGCACGGAUGGGCCAUCCUGGAGCUCCCCCUCGUUGUCGUCUCUAUCUCUGGUGUGCGUGCUUUGUGGCGUGCUCUUUUACUGGCUAUCAACUCUCUUCGCUCAGCCUCAAAUUGCUGAGUUCCAUUGUUUAUUUUGGCCCUCCAUGAUGGUCUAUCGAGAGCAUUGAUUUCCCAUCUGUUUGGAUCUAUGUGGCUUCGCUUGAGGUGCAUUUUAAGGUUGUCACGGGCACGCUUCCUUUGACCUCCAGGGGCACGUGAUCCAUCGCUGAGCUGGGAAUAGAAGAUUUGCUUAGAAAGCCUCGAGUCAUUCAUCCUCACAAGGUGACCUGCCCCUCUGAGUUGAUACUUCAUCAUGAUGGCCUCUAUGCUGGAUGAGUUGGAUUGCUCCAGCACACCGAUAUUAAUUUGUCUUUCUUCCCAGGUGAUGUUUAGUAUUUUCCUGAGACAGCAUCGAUUAAACAUUUCGAGAGAUUUUACGUGUUCACUGAUAAGUGGUCCAGAUUUCUGCACCAUAUAAGAGAGUUGGGCAUGACCACAGCAUUAUACACAGCCACUUUGAUCUUGGUGGAAUUGUCGUGGUCUUCAAAGGCCCUGUUCUUAAGUCUGCCAAAGGCAGCACUCACUUGGGCAAUCCGCUGUUGGAUUUCAUAAUCAAUGAAGACAUUGCUAGAGAGAUGGCUGCCUAAGUAUGGGAAACUGGGAACGUUUUUUAGUAUUGCAUUGUUGGUAAUGCUUGUAGGGGGUGGUAGGUGUCCUCCUGGAGCUUGUUGGAAAAGGAUCUCUGUUUUGCUGGUAUUCAAUGUUCGACCGAAUCCUGCUGUAAGCAUCUCUAAAUAUGUUGACGAUGACCUGAAGGUCAGCUUCUGAGCAGGCACCGACUUGGGCAUCAUCAGCAUAUUGGAAUUCAAUAACGGAUGUGAUUGAUGUUCUUGACUUGGCUCUGAAACGGUUGAUGUUGAAUAUGUUCCCGUCUGUCCUAUAUGUGAUAUUUAUUCCUCUGGGAAGUCUGUUCUCUGUCAGAUGAAGCAUUCCCACCAGGAAGAUGGAGAAAAGGGUUGGUGCAAUAACGCAGCCUUGCUUCACACCGGUACUUCGAUUGGCUCUGAGGUUUCGCCAUCAGAGAGGAGGAUGACAGCCUGCACACCGUGAUGCAACAGACGGAGGACGUUAACACAUUUUGUUGGGCAGCCAUGUCUCAGAAGGAUUCUCCAUAGUGCUUCACAAUUAACAGAAUCAAAAGCUCUAGUCAAAUCAAAGAAGGCCAUGUACAAUGGUAGUCUCUGCUCCUGGCACUUCGCUUCGGAGUUGACAGGCUGAGAAGAUCUUGUCUGAGGUUCCCCUAUCAGGUCGAAAACCACUCUGCGAUUCAGAAGUCUUUUAGUAGGAUUCUUGGCAAUAUUUUCCACCAGUGGCAAGAAUAGAGAUUCCUCUGUAGUUGUCACAGUUUGACUCGUCAAUUUUUUUGAAGACGGUGAUAAUGAUGGCAUCUUUCAGUUCGUUGGGAAGGUCUUCAUCAUUCCAGAUUCUGGCCAUAAGGGAACGCAGGUGUUCUAGGAGGCGUUGUCCUCCAUGUUUGUAAAUCUCAGCAGGAAUCUGGUCUAGCCCACUAGCUUUGUUCUUUUUCAUCUGCUUGACAGCUUUAGCCACUUCAAGCAUCGUUGGUUCUCCAGCUAAAUCCUCAGUGGUGGAGUGUUGUGGAAUCUCACUGAAUAUAGAAGCGUCUACAACAGCGUUGCAGUUGAAAAGUGCUGAAGUGUUCCUGCCAGCGGGAGAUGAUUGCAUUUUUGUCUUUGAAGAUGUUUGUCCCAUCCUUAGACUGAAGUGGUGCAAGGCCCUGUUUUGAUGGUCCAUUUAAGACUUUUGUUGCUUUAAAAAAUGCAUGUGGGUUAUUGGAAUCUGCAAGAUGUUGUAUUUCUUCUGCUUUGUUUCUGAACAAUUUGUUCUUUAGUUCCCGGAUUUUAGUUUGUACUUCCGAUUUGGCCUCCUUUUAUGAUUGUUUUUUCUGUCUAGACUUUGUGUUGUUGCCAGGCGAUGAAUCCUUUCCGCUUCUUGUCAAUGAGGCCUGUGAUUUCCUGGUCGUUGUCAUCAAACCAGUCACAGUUUUUCCUUCUUGUGUAGCCAAUGGUGUUUUCAUAGCUGGUUAUAACUGGCAUCUUCAGUUGUGUCGAGUACUCAUGAACAUUUCCUGAAGCCUGGUUGGUGCCGAGUCUUUGAGCUCAUUCUUUCAGUCAGACCUGUACUGAUGGAUCUUUUAGUCUGGUUACAUUGAGUCUUUUCCUCUGUAGUUUUGGUCGGUUGAUGUGUUUGAGAGUCCUCACUGAUCGAAUUAGUCUGUGGUCAGUCCAGCAAUCGUCUGCAUUGAUCAUGGUACGAGUGAUGCGGACGUCUGUGCUGUCAAGCUUCCUGACAAUCGCGUAGUCCAGUAAAUGCCAUUGGUGUGAUCGAGGGUGGCACCAGGAGGUCUUAAGCCUAUUCUUCUGCCUGAAUAGGGUGUUGGUGAUUGUCAGGUCGUGCUCAGAACAGAUUGUAAGAAGAAGGUGGCCAUUGAAGUUGGACUUUCCAACUCCCUCUUGACCAAUUACACCGUUCCACAUUUGAUGGUCUCUCCCAACUCCAGCAUUGAAGUCGCCGAGGAGAAUCGGCUUGUCAGUUGUUGAUGUACUCUGAAGGAUUUGCUUGAGUUGCCUGUAGUAAGACUCCUUGGUGUCUUAUUCAGAGUCCAGUGUUGGUGCGUAGGUGCUGCUGCUGAUGGUUGCAUGUUGGUCUUUUGCCAGUUUCAGGCGUAGGGUCAUAACGCUCAUUGAUACAAAUUGGAAGCUCGCUUAAGCUGUUGAUGAGCACGUUGUCUAUUGCAAACCCUACAACAUGCAGGCGUCGUUCAUGCGCUGGUUUACCCUUCCAAAAGAAGGUGUAGCCUCCACCUAGCUCGGUCAGUUGGCCUUCAUCUGCCAGACGGGUUUUGCUGAGGGCGGCAAUAUGGAUAUUAAAUCGUCUCAGCUCGCGUGCCACAAGAGCUGUUCGGUGCUCUGGACAUUGCGAGUUUGGGCUUAUCUGUGAGGGUCCUGACAUUCCAUGUUUAGGGCACCUUUUCUAGCCCCCUCCCCAUUUGGGGUGAGCAGAGUGGAUCCUGGUGGGCUGCUCAGUCACAGCUACAGCUGCCGGGAUGCCCUCCUGCCUGAUCCGAGUGCGUGACGACUUUCUAAUAGCUGCCGCCUUGGUGCUGGGUUGUGACUAGGAGCUUAUAGCUGCAUAGGCCUGCCCCGCUCGCCACUUGCCAAUCGCCCAAGGGCUUUGUAGUAGUGUGGUGGUGCGAUGGCACAGUUUCCCUGGAGGGUGCCAGUGCGUGAAUUAAUGUACCUGCAGUGUCGCACAACAUCUACCGCACGGGGCUUAACCAGGAACCAAGCAUAGGUCCAAUGGCGAGGCAGAAAACCAAGACGAUUGAAAGGCUUGUCCUGAAGCACCAGUGGCUCCUCCGCCAUAUGCUGUUGGCCAUCUGGACCGUAGCUCAUCUGCCCAACCGAGGUGGGCCGUUGGCCACUUGGUAUCCACCUGGGAUUUUGUCAGGGUUUACUCCGUUAGCCUAAGUGGCUAACCAGAGCCCCGUUAGCCAGCGCGUUUCCAGGUGAAGUCCAGGCAGGCCUUCUUGGUUAUCGAAGCGGCCCAGGUGGUCGAACCACCCACCAUACUUCGCCCUGUCUGGCAAUCCUGUACUUUACCUGUUGCCACCUCCCACGAGGUGGACGAGGGGUUGGCCCGCCACUCGACUCUCCGCUCCCAUCGCUUGGCCUCUUCUCCCCGUGUGUGCGUGCGUGUGCGAGUCUUUGGGUAGCAGUGCGGAGUAUGGGUAGCAGUGUUGAGUUUAUGGGUAGUGUUGUACAUUUAGGGUCUGCGGUGUCUCCCCAUCAGCACAUCAUGUCAUCGCUCAACUCUCCGUGUGUUGCUGGCGGUUGUGCAGGAGGCCGGGCUGAGGAUGACAGCGAAAUGCCCCCCGCAGCCUGCACCCCACCCCCUGCCAUGAUUGGGUGCAGCUAAUUGAAGAGGUGGCUCGAUUUCCGCCAAUGUUUAACACCACGGCAUUUCAGCGCCAGGGCCUCGCGAUAUGGCGUGCGCCAGAGUCUUCCAGCGGCCCAGAGCCUGUGACACCUGAUAUUUCACUCCCUGUAUGCGUAGGCGGCAUGCGAGGCGCGUCCACAGCGCCUGGUUCGGGUUGUGUUUUUAAACGCCUUUGAAGUGUGCAUAGCCCUUUAUUAGUCUAAUAGUUUCCUCCCGACUCCAAUUUCGUUUGCGCUCACCAAUCACCGUCUCUCCUUCAUCUGUGUCGGACAGCUCCAAGUGGAAAAGCUCCUCCUGCUGCAUCUCCUGCUGCUCCUUCUGCUGCUCCUCCUGAUGCACCUCCUCCUUCUCCUGCUCCUCCUCCUGCUCCUUCUCCUGAUGCAUCUCCUGCUCCUCCUGCAUCUCCUGCUCCUCCUGCUGCAUCUCCUCCCCUUGCUCCUCCCCCUCCUGCUGCUCCUGCUGCUCCUGCUGCUCCUGCUGCUCCUGCUGCUCCUCAUGCUCCUGCUCCUCAGCCUGCACCUCCCCCAGAUCCUGCUACAGCAGGAGCUGUGUCUUCUGCUUUUUCUUAUCCGCCUCCAGCAGAAGAUUCUUGUAAAGCUCCACCGACUGCGCCUUCAUCUGAAACCUCUUGAGCUACUGCAUCAGCGGGGGGGGGGGGGGGGGGCUCCUCAAUGGGCAUCUCAGCCUGCAGCUGGAACAACUUUUGCUUAAACUCCAUGUCCUGCUGCUGCGCCUCGAGAUGCUGCAGAUGCAGAUUUUGUCUGUUCAUGAUAUUUAUCUGCUUCUACCGAAGAAUCGCCUUCUGCUCCUCCUUGACCUCCAGCUGCUGCUGAUGCUGCAGAUGCUGCUGCUGAUGCUGCUGCUGAUGCUGCUGCUGAUGCUGCUGCUGAUGCUGCUGCUGGAGCGUCUGCUCCGACUUCUCGAGCUCCUCUUGCUGCUGCUGCUGCUGCUUUUUUAGUUGACAAAGUAAAUUAUCCAUCGCCCUUGAAGAAAGUUGGAGUGGAUGGGGCGUGUGUGUGGUGAUCCCGUGAGCUGGAGAGAGAAACUUGUGGUUUUGGACGCGGUCCUUUGUGUGGAGCCAGGAACCACCACAGCGUGGCCAGACCGGUGUGGGAACAGGUUUUGAGGCGAACACGCCAUCUUCACAUAUCGCACCAGGCGCUCGUUUGAGGCUGAGUCGACCUAGCUGAGGCCCAGGACCGUUUGAGACAAUUGUCACUGGUGUUGGCCGUGAGCAGGGAUCGAACCUGGGUCACCGGAUUUGUUGUGCAGCUCGCUAACUGCCACACCUCCGCUCUCCGCAACCUACACAUGCACACACAUGUAACAAGUCAUACUUGCAAGCCCCAAGUACAAACAUGCAAGAACGUACAUGCGGCAGCACAGGCGUGUGUUCACGCAUGUGCAAGCGCACAGUCACCUCGCUGUACACACACAAGUGUACACGCGCAUCCGCAUGCACACGGAGCAGAGCGAACAUGCAUAUCCUAAAACCCUAAAAUAUAUUUAAAAACAUUUCCAUUAAUAUAUAAAUAUAUAUAGUUGUCAUUUGUUUUAAUUUUGAUGUUGCUCCCUCCCCCCAGCCCCUCCCCCCCGUGGUGGCACGGGUAGAACAUGCAUCGGGGUUUUACCAAACAUGAGAUUCCGCAGUCCCGUCCACGUCGGAACCGCAGUGACUCGUUGUGCAGUAUUCAGAGAACGCUCCCAGUGUCUCCCUUCAGAGGGCCAGGUCUCUUUGAGGCAGCAGUAUUGGGCUCACGGCUGAUUGGACAAGAGCAAGGCCACAGCGAGCGGGUUGGUAGGUGGUGGACCAGUUUUCUCGAGGCAUCAGAUCCAGAGGGCACCUCGGAAGAAAAGAAAAACCUUUUGGCGGCCCUGGCAAUUUCGAACCAUCACGAUAAAGAAUUGUAACGCUCUGCUUUUGGCCACUCAGUAGCAGCGCACGUGCGAAGUGAUGUUGGUCAUCUGUGUUGGUUAUCCGUGGUGGUCACCCGUUCGGUAGCACCUCUACACAGAAGGAUCCAGCUCACGUGAUUAGCGCUUGCAUGCGGUAAUUGUGGUUUUGUUACAAAAAGGGAUUUCCUUGAUCGCACGAUCUGCGAUUCUGGCGAGGCCGCGACCUGAAUUCGGUGACUAAUUUACACGGGGAGCUGCAGUGGUGGUCACUGAUGGGUGACCUCGUGCCGAGGGAGAUGGUGGCUGCGCGAUGAUAUCAAAGCAUCCGAAAGGGAAUACGUAAGUUCGAUACGGUUUAGUGUUUUGUUCCAGCGAUGGCGCUGGCGGUCGCGCGUGGCGACGGGCCAUGGUUGCGCGAGGCGAGUGGCAGGCGGAGAGAGCGAUAAAAGGGAUCAAGAGUUGUUAUUUUGUAUUAUCAUGUCCAGGAAUUUUUGAGCACCGUAUAGAAAUAUAUUAUAUAAUGUGUAUGUGAGCGCGAGUGUACAUAGUGGGCGUGUACAGCAGGGCAUCAUCUGCAGGUGACGGCAGAAAGAGAGAGAGCGAGAGGGCGAGAGAGGAGCGGCCCCCGCGUUUACAAGGCGUUGUCCCGUCUGGCCACACGGUAUUAACGUCGCCUACCCGCUAAUGUCGCUUUGCACCUCCCGGUGUCUGGCUCCAGACGCUUUGGCAACCAGACACGAAUCUGUUUUUGCAUCCAACUGCUGGGGGACGGUGGGGGGUGGUGGUGUUAAGAAUGGACAGGAGCGGUUCGGGUGGGGUGGGGGGUGAAGGGGUCAUUGGGUCGAGGUGAAGUGGCGAGUGGAGUUGGACCGGUGGUGGCACGGCCCGUGGUGUCGGUUCUGGCCGCGUGUGUCCUGUUCGCGAGCGCGGCCUCGGCCUUCGCGGCUGAGGCCACAACGUUGAUUGUGGCCGCCCGUCUCUCGGAGCUUGAGAGUGUCGAGCCAGCCACUCCACGUGUUUGUCGGGGCUCAUUUGAAGCUAAAUCCGAAGCUCGUGAAGGACACGGGCACGCGUCACGCCCCACGCCCUGCCUCUGGUAUUGAUCAUUAUUAUAGCUACGAUCUUAACCAUACAAGUGGAGUUGAAUGGAGGAAAACGGUCGAACGUGUGCGUCCCAUGCGUUGGCGAUCUCAAUCAUUGGGUGUCCAGUUGCAAGUAGGGCGAAUUCCUUCACUUCUACGAUCUUUUUACUUAUUGCUUUAGCAACGAAUCGGAUAUGACAAAGAAGAAAAUUAGGUCCGUGUACAUACGCCCUCGUCUGAAAUGGUCUUGCACUAUUUUUACAUGUUUAAAAAAAUAUCCGCCUAAUCGAUUUUACCAACCUGUUUUUACUCGAAUAAAAGAAUACACUCAUUCGAGCAACAACGCGGCUAAUUAGAACACCCAAGUGAGAGUUACAUUAAUUAGCACGUGGGUGCGUGCAGCGCGCAGCGGUGGCCCCUGCCCAUCUUACCGUGUGUGUGUGUGUUCACUUACUGUGUACGUGUGUCUGUGUGUGUUCACUUACGAGUGUCUUCAUCAACACCAUCAGCAGCAGCAGCAGCUUUAUUAUAACUCCCAUCGUCAUCAUCAUCGGCGUCGUUACUGCAAGGGUUGGCCGGUGGUGCAGUGGCCAGGCUCACAUGGUGUCCGCGCGUGUACAAAAAUAUGCAAAAGACUGCUGUUGCCAGUGAGUGACUUGCCCUGGUGGAUAUUAACAAAGGCAGCUAUAUUUGUAUCACGUGUCAAGUCCACGUAGAACCCUCGUUGUGUCGACACUUUUUUUCAUCGACGUGCGCGUAAGGCUUUCGGUGUUUUCUCUCUAGGCAUGUGAUCGCGAAAUAAAUAUGAAAUAAACACGGAGGCCCCCGGAGACGAAUGGCGUCCCGUGAAUUGCCACGCAAGGCCACGUGCAGCAUGCUCGGCUGAUUUUCAACAGCAAACCACGAAAUCGCCCAGUCGACGCUCAUCUUGUAGCCGCACGCCUCGGGAUGUGUCGCACGAGCUUAAAUACCCCUCGUGUCGCGGAGGCCUUCGUACAGCAGUGGAUUCGCCGUGACCAAUGAGGACAGAUUUUAAAAAAAGGACUUUUAAAAUCGCGGCCAUGCGGAUCCAUCGUGGUACCCUCAGUGACGUCACCGCCCUGAAGUCGAAUGACGCGGCUGGCAGGAGCGCCGCACCGACGUCACUGGAGUGCCACAAUGAUCGCGCUUGAUCGUCAAUUAAGUCUCGUUUUUACGUCGGAUAGGAAUGAGAGAACCUGGGACGCGCGGCUCAGGCGGUGGCGUAACCUGGUUCUCCGUAGGCCCUGAUUGUAAGGAGUGGCCACGGUGCCUGGGUCUCUUCUCAGGCCCGUGGGCUCCGGUGCAGUUGCACCGCCUGCGUACUCGCUCGGCGCACCAACUGAGCAUCGGGCGCGCGGUAGCUACAGGACGAGAGCUCUUGCGUGCGUGGGUUGUACUGCGUUAAGGCAGUUGUGUUGUGUGACGCCGUCCGCCAGAAAUGUCCUCAUCCCGUCCGUGUCUGCAAGUCUCUUGCCUCCCCGGCGCUCGCUGCGAUGCAGUUGAUGAGAGUUCCACGCAUCGGGGAGAGAGGGGGGGGGGGGAAUUCGCAAUUCGGCCAAAAUAUCUCUCUGUGGAUUCGCUGUUCUUGACUUCAUUGUGCGUUCGGGUCAGGCCGGCCAGUUGAAAUCCAUUGGCUUUGUUGUUGUACCUGUUGUGUGUGUGUGUGUCCGUGAGUUGAGUGUGUGACAGAGAGAGAGAGUCUCUUUGUGUUUUAUAAUUCCACGUUGGCUUUGUAUUGGUCAUUUGAGAAAACACGCUCGGGUUAUCACGUGUGCGACAUUCACUUUGACACGUUUGAGAUAUGUAUAAGUGUACACACUCACGCAGCUAUGAAUAUAUAAUCCACGCUCCGCGUGAAUGUGACCCGAGUUUUUGAAUACGGCCGUUCAAGUUAAAGCGUUUUUGCAUCCACGUGAUUGUUGCGUCUUUGAAUCCCCCGCUUCUCCUUGUUACCAAUCACGCGUGCGUGUUUAAUGAUGAAAUGCUUGCGCUCACGUGGUGACAUCACUCAAAACGCUCCACAGUUGUAUUCGCCACGUUAAAAGAAAGGAAACCGGUAACUACUAACCUGUGUCCGCUCUCAAGUGAGUCCAUGACUACUGGAUGGCAUCGUUUUAACCCCCAGUGAUUGAUUCCACGAAGCCUCAUACCCUGCCACUAUCGCCGACGCCACUGCGCCCACUCAACACGAAUCGAGUCCCACUCACGGCGCGAUCCGCGUGCGUUUUAUCACCAAUCCUCUCCGGGUAUUUUGUUUGUUGUUGUUGGUUUUUUUGUAUUGGCAUGUGCGACACUUUGGUAAGGUCGUUGCGGCUGCUGUUUCCGUGAGAUCCCCGCCCUCCCCCCCCCCCGUCUGUUCGAUUUGUUCGGAGCAAGACGGUGGUCGACUACUCGCAUUGUGGGUUUUUUUGUGUUGUUGUUUUUUUUACUACAAAAGGAGCGGCGAUGUGGUUCGGUCGAGUGGGGCGAUGGGGGUGGCGGGGGGAGCGAUUCUCGAGACCACGUGGCCCACCGAGUCCCAUCGCUCCUGUACUAAUGAUGACGAUGAUGGCAUUAGCGUAUCCCAUAUUACCUAGUUUACAUACACACGCGCGUACAUAUAUAUAUAUUUUAGCAUUGUUCCCCGAUUGGAAAUGUCCAUGCGACGUGCCGUUUGUGUGGCAUCAAUAAAAUGAACGAGAUCACA